AUGUACCCUGAUCUAUACAAGGGGCUGAAUCUGAGGCCAGAGGAUUUGACGGCUUAUGACUCUCCCCUUAUCAGCUUUGAAGGGAAGACUGUUACGCCAAAAGGGCAGAUCAGACUACCCAUACAGACUGGGUCAGAGGUGGUGGAGGUGAACUUUAUCAUGGUCAAUGCCUACUCGUCGUAUACAGCGAUAGUAGCCAGGCUAUGGAUCCAUGCCCUAGAAGCUGUAUCCUCCACACUUCACCAAAAGGUAAAAUACCCAUCCAGAGGUCAAGUAGAAGAGAUUCGUGGAAAUCAGGCCAUGGCCAAGCAGUGUAUGGUGGCCGCCAUCUCACGUCGGUCUAAUGCCGAGUCCUCAGCCUCUGAGAACUUAUAG